AUGUAUAUUCAAAUGACAGACGGACUUCCUCCGCCGCCGGAGCAAAGUUCGUUUGACCAUCGGAUUGAUGAGCUUGAGAAGCAGAAAGAGAUCGAUGAUUGGCUUCCGAUAACUUCAUCGAGAAAUGCGAAAUGGUGGUACUCUACGUUUCACAAUGUGACCGCUAUGGUCGGGGCUGGUGUUCUUGGUCUUCCUUACUCCAUGGCUCAACUCGGAUGGGGUCCGGGUGUGACAGUGUUGAUACUAUCAUGGAUAAUAACACUCUACACGUUAUGGCAAAUGGUGGAAAUGCAUGAGAUGGUUCCCGGAAAACGCUUUGACCGCUACCACGAACUUGGUCAGUUUGCGUUUGGCAAACGUCUUGGCCUCUAUAUCAUCGUCCCUCAGCAAAUCAUUGUCGAAGUUGGAGUAUGCAUAGUUUAUAUGGUGACUGGAGGACAAUCGUUGAAGAAUUUUCAUGAACUCGUCUGCUCAGAUUGUUCUUCGAUUAGACUUACUUUCUUCAUAAUGAUAUUUGCUUCUUCUCAUUUCGUUUUGUCUCAUCUCCCAAACUUCAAUUCCAUCUCCAUCGUCUCUCUCGUUGCCGCGGUCAUGUCUCUUAGUUACUCGACAAUCGCUUGGACCGCUACAGCCGCUAAAGGUGUUCAAGAAAACGUUCAAUAUGGCUAUAAAUCGGGCACAACCGCAUCCACGGUCUUAAGCUUCUUUACGGGACUAGGGGGAAUUGCGUUUGCUUACGCAGGUCACAAUGUGGUGCUUGAGAUCCAAGCAACUAUACCUUCUACUCCAAGUAACCCUUCUAAAGGUCCUAUGUGGAAAGGAGUCAUAGUGGCUUACGUGGUCGUGGCCUUGUGUUAUUUCCCCGUUGCUUUGGUUGGUUACGGCGUUUUCGGUAACGCAGUCGCGGAUAACGUUUUGAUCUCUCUCAAAACGCCGGUUUGGGCCAUUGCAAUCGCUAACUUGUUCGUUGUUAUGCAUGUCAUUGGGAGUUACCAGGUAUUUGCAAUGCCGGUUUUCGACAUGGUGGAGACAUUUCUGGUUAAGACACUGAAUUUCAAACCCUCCUCAAUUCUUCGCUUCAUCGAAAGCUUUAACGAUGUUUAUCGCGAUGAUGAUACCGUUCUUUGGCGGUCUACUCGCCUUCUUUGGAGGAUUCGCGUUUGCUCCAACUACAUAUUUUCUUCCUUGCAUAAUGUGGUUGAUAAUCUAUAA